AUGAAACAAAAUAUUUUAGCAUUAGUGAUCAUAACUUUUGGAGCAUUAUGCUUAACUUAAUUGACAAUUCAAAUAAAAAAUUAAUGUGAAUGUUCAUAAUUUGAUCAAAGCACUUGUGGCACUGUGAAUAAUUAACAAUCUUGUAGAUGGAAUACAACUGCUAGCUUAUGUGAAAAACUGGGGUGCAAUUAAAUUAAUAAUAAGACUACUUGCUUGUAAAAUUUUUAUGAAUGUUGGUGGAAUGGAGAUUAUUGUUAAUAAUUUACUUCAUGUUCAAAUCUAAAUAGUUCUUAAAAUUUAACAUGUUCUUAGUAAAAUAUUCAAUGUGGCUAAAAUUUAUUUAAUUCUACAACAUGUGUAUCAUUAGAUAAUUUACCAAAAUGUUCAAAAUUUAAUUAGACUUAAUGUAUUCCUUCAUAAAUUGGUUAUUAAGGAUCUUUAUGUUAUUGGAAUAAUACAAGUUGUUAGACAGCAACAUCUUGCUAAUAAUUAUCAUUAGAUCAAUGUUCAUAAUGGUAAAAUACUUGUAUUUGGAAUGGUUUAUCUAAUUCAUGUGUACAAUUAUAAUGCAGUAAUUUUACAUAUCAGUAAGAAUGUACAUAUGUAAUAGAAGCAUUAAAUCCUUAAACAAUUAUUCCAUGCUAAUUUGUCUAUGGAUAAUGUUCUUCCAUUAAAAAUGCUAGGAGUUUAACUGCUUAAAAUUGUUCAUCAAAAAGUUUAUAAACAUAUUUUUGGAUUGA